UUUUCCCUUUUUUUUUCUUCUUUUCAAUUCCUCAUUAUACAUGCAAUACUCACGUCUUGUCACUAUCUUACACUGCGUUCGUCUAAUGGCUUUAGUGACAGCAGUGUCCAUUGUUGUGGGUUCACUUGUAUUCUACAGUUGGAAUUCAAUUCCUUUAGAAAUCACUGACGAUGACCAACUCAAGACAGAUACAUGGACGAUUCAGACCAUUACAGACCGCCGUUUGAUUUCUACAUUGGUAGCAGCUCAAGCCUCUAUUUUUUGUCCACUUUUUGUCUUAUUGACUCAUACAGAAACUGUUUCUUUGAUUGAAAUGGCGUGUCAAUUCCUUAUGCCUAUUGGUUUGUCUCUUAGUUGGAUGUUUAGUAUCAUGUUUGAUGUGAUGUCGACUGAUCUUGUGGGUCAAAGUGUGUGUUUAACUGAAGAUUGUAUUUUAUUUUACUUUUCAUAUUCACUUAAAUAUGUCAUUGUGGUUUUGUUUGCCAUUGAAACUAGCCUUGUCUUGCUUGGUUUCUUUUUAUCAAGACAACAUAUUCAAUUACCUUUAGAUACAGAAAAAUAAAUACAAAAAAAAUAUUAUUAUUUAUGCGAAAUUCCUUG